UUUAAAAUAAACACACAGCUAACCGCUAACUGCUAACUGGGCUCGCAAAAGGUGCGAGCGCACUGCGCCAAAAAAAAACACCUUCAAAUAACCCCAACUUGUGAAGAAAGUAAAGUAUAUUUAGCAGCUCACGAAAUCAAAGAAGCUGCAAAAAAAAAAAAUACCGAAAAUGCUGAAAAGUCUGGCGCUGGAAACAGAAGAUUACAACUAAGCGCCGCGGUGAGCUCCUUUCCAGGCACAUUGGUCCAUGUUUGCUGGACCUUUGGGCUCUGGGCUCAACUAACAUGAAGAUGGCCGACUCGGACAAGGCAGAGGAAUUUGUGGAUGCUGAGUGCCCACCAGAGUGCCUUGAUGAAGCACAGUCAGCCACGGGCUCAGCUCAGGACGAGCAUCUAAAAUCAGAGGCCACCACCAGUACCAGCUCGCCGCCGAGGGAAAAGGACGGAGACAGCCCCCUGAACACGGAGGGUGAGCAGAGUCUCCUCUCCAUGCCAUGCCUGAUGAAAGAGCUCCGCCGAGACUCCCCGGAGUCCCAGCAUGCCUCUACAGGGAGCGACAAGCCCACAUCUGGUCAUAUCUACGAGAGCGACUCCUCAAACCCCUGCAUGCUCUCCCCCUCAUCCAGCGGCCACCUCGCUGACUCAGACACACUCUCCUCAGGGGAAGAAGGUGCUGCUCCUCCCAUGGGAAAAGAUCAAGAGGGCAACAUGGAAGCUGCAAACGAUCCCGGGCAGACAGCGGGAAGGCAAUCGUCAGCUACGUCCACAGGGGGGAGGAAGUCCCGGCGGUCACGUUCAGAGAGCGAGACGAUGCCCAAUGCGAUGGCUGCAAAGAAGAACCGUUGCCAGCCAACCUUGGUAGCGGCUGGAGGGCAGGAAAAACAAACCAAUGGCAAGCUGGCGAAAGUGAAAGGUCACCGUAGCCAGAAACACAAGGAGCGAAUGCGUUUGCUGAGGCAAAAACGCGAGGCGGCGGCCCGGAAGAAGUAUAACCUGCUGCAGGACAGCAGUACGAGUGACAGCGAGCUCACGUGUGACUCCAGCACCAGCUCAUCUGAGGACGAGGAUGACGACACUUCAGGAGGUAGCAAGACAAUCAAGACAGAUAUUACAGCUGGCUUCAGACGUGCAUCGGAGAGAUCCAGAGUGGGCGCCCAGAUCUCUGGGCUGCUGGACACCAGUUCGUGGGACAGGAACGGCAUCGGCAGUGUUCUGGAGGAGGCCAUGACGCGAUUUGCUGUGAUGCAGCGUCAGACCGAGGAGCGCUUCCGCGUCUGGAUGGAAAAGCUUGCACACCUCGACUCAGACAACGACUCGUCCAAACGCUCAAGUGAUGCCCUAGAGGGGCAGCAGCAUCGCUCCCAGGGGAUGCGCCCCUCCCCACCCAGUUCCUUUUUGCCAUCGUCAGAGUCUUCAGAGACUAUGGCUGCCUACAUGUUGGCAAGAGAGAACAACAGUCUCACCUCCACUCCUUUAAACAACAACAACAACAACAACAACAUCCUACCUGAAGUGGUCAAUCAGAAUGGAAAUCUAGGUGUUCCAGACCCUAGUUUCUUGAAUGUUUAGAUUUCACUUACAUACUUUUGAUCUUACCAAGUGUAGAACUAGUUGAUGCAGAAAGCACGGCAAUGGGUACCAAUAGGUAAAACGAUGCGAGGUCACUGAACAGAUACAACAUAAAGAGCAGCCGGGGGCCCCGAGCUGGAGCUUGACUCUGCAGACCCGAGGCCCGGUUUAGCCGCUGGCACUGAAUCACUGUGAGAUUUGACAUUAAGAAUAAUUCAACUCACCUGUUUGAUUUCUGCAGCAUCUCUGACACACAGACACGGGGCACAGCUCGGUAGACUGUCGAGUCAGGGCUCUUAUUCUAUUGCUUAUCUUUUGGCUCGUUUGUUUUUGUGUACCAGCUGUACACACACACACACACACAAACAUGCAGAAGCUGAUUAUGUCAUUCAUUCAGACUGUGCAUUACAGCACCUGGG